AUGCCUUGUGCGGAAGGUGAACUGUGCCUUCAACAAGACAGGACACCGCAACCCCCUCAUGGCCACCCCUGCAAGGGAGGAUGUGGCGGGCGGCUCCACGGCAAUUGCGGCAGCGGGUUUGAGGACAACGAGCAGCACCGCAUCUGCACCACGUGUGUCGCCAGGACUAGCAAGCGCAAAGCGACACCAGCUAAGGGUGCUGGGGCGGGACCAUCUAAACGCCAGAAGCAGACGAGCGGGGGAUGCAAGAAGGGAACGGGUUUUCGUGCGCGGCUGGACAACAACAAGAAGCUCGAGAUUCUGAAGAUGCUGGAUCAGAAGGUGUCUCACGCACAGAUUGCAGACCGCUUCAAGUGCUUGCUUCGGUUUAUUGGGACCGUGAAGGCUGGCCGGCAGAAGGUGGAGACAGCAACUGCUGCAGGCUGCAGCAGCCAGAAAACUGCACGCAAAGGAGAUUUUCCGGAGGUGGAUGAGAUAGCUCUUGAUCUACUCGACAAAGCCCGGAAGGCCAAGAUGCCCGUCACACGCGAUGUCCUUCGAAGCUUCGGCCGGUCUACCAGGGCAACCCUGCUGGCUGACACCGCAACUUCUGCAGCAGUGAGGGAGAGGGUGGAGGACUUCAAGGCCGGCAAGAGGUGGGCGAAGAACUUCGUGAAGCGCAACAAGAUCCAGAGCGUGAGACUUCAUGGCGAGGCUGGUAGCGUCGACAAGGAGGCCAUCAAGGAGGGCAUGGAGGAAAUCAGGGCCCUUUGCGAGAAGUACCCGGCUAGGUUCAUCGUCAACGUCGACGAGUCAGGCCUCCAGUGGAAGCUCAUGCCCAGGCGCACGUACCUUUCCACCUCGGAGGAUCGGAAGACGGCGCGGGGCUCAAAGAGCAUGAACUUCAAGGACGGACUGUCUGCCAUCAUGUGCUGCAAUGCCGACGGCACUGCGAAGGUUUACAUGGCCAUCAUGGGGAGGGCAAAGGAACCCCGCUGCUUCAAGAACGGGGGUUCACCUCUGAAGUACUUCUCGCAGACCAACGCGUGGUCCGACUCCGCGACGUUCCUCAAGUGUGAUCUAGUGGAUGAUCGCGGGCAAGUUACCGUCAAGACCUACCCUCCGCUGUGCACCGCCGUACACCAACCCAUGGAUUUGGGGGUCAUCGCCAAGACGAAGGUCAACUACAGGAAGGAGCUGCUCGAUGUGAAGACAUCAACCAUGUUGGUGGCUGACACACUUCGCGCCCAGGCCAAAGCCCGCAAGAUGAUUGUCGGGACAAUGGGGCUAGCGCAAGGGCACCAACCUCACGUGCGGGACGCCGCUGAACUUCUCCAGAAAGCAUGGGCCAGCGUCACCGCCCAAGACAUCGCCAGGUGCUUUGUCAAAGCCGAGUCGCUUCCGGAGGAGAUGGCGGCUGAGCUCACCAAGCAACACGGAAAGACCCGGUUCAACGUCGCCGAGCCUGACCUGAAGGCUCUCGCAGAGACUGUCAACACGUUGAGCACGAGCGUGCAGGACGCGCAGAAGCAGGGAUCCCGCGUCGUGGACGAGGAGAUCAGCGAACUGUUGGCAGAACUCAACAUCGAACCCGGAAAGCCGGUCGCGGGGGAAGCGGUGGCCGCAAUUCAGCGGUGGGCUACCAUCGAGGACGACGAGGAGGUGGUAGAGGCUCUUCGAUUGGACGCGGUGGAAGACAUGACAGCACUGCUGGCUGGAACGAACUUGUCUACCGGCGGCGACGACGAGGAGGACGAACAGGACCAGGGCGGCGGCGGUGAGAACACGGGGCGCGAGCGCCGUGCCCCACGUGCGCCACCGGGUUAUGAAGAACUGUCGUCUCACUUCGGCGCCCUGGAAGUGGCAGCAGAGGACAGUGGCAACGGAGACGCGGCGUUCUACCUAACGAAAGCGAAGAUGUCGAUGAUCGCAGCGCAUUCCGCUAGGCGGGUGCGCCAGACAGACAUUAGAGGAUUUGUCUAGAGGAUUUGUCGCGACGUAGAGUUCAUGAUUGUUUCUUUUUCUUGCGGUUCGCUUCCUGUCGUGUACUUGUAGUUUUUUUUUUUUUUCUUGCAACAUCGAAGCGGGUACGCCAGGCAGACACUCCAGUGUCGCGACGUAGUUUGGGGGGGAGAUACAACUGUAGUGCAGUAGUAUUGAUUUUUGUUUUCUUGCAGUGCGCUUCCUGUCGUGUUUCUUUUUCUGUUUUGUCUUUUGUAUCUUGCAACAUCGAAGGAGGGGCUCUAGGGCUGAGAUAUAGCUGCGUCCACUCUGUACGAACGGGAGCUUUAC